AUCGGAUACCGUCAUCCACGACGAAAUGGGGAUGAUUCCGUUUGCCUAAGUGUUAUUAUUAUUAUUAUUAUGAUUAUUAUAUCUAUUCAGUUCAUAUUUAUAUAGCGUAAAGUUGCAAAUUUCAUAUUUAGCUAAACGAUGUAAACGAUGUAAACGAAGAGCGUAAAUUCUUUUUUGUUUGUUCGACCCGCCGCAGGAACGGUCCAUAAAUUGAAAAUCGUAAACAAAAACUGUCAAAUCAAAAUAGAGAUGAAAAACUAUUGUACGAACUCAUUCUUUCUUUCUUUCUAGUUAUAGGAGAUAGUGUGUAACAUAGAUCGAUAUAGGAAAGAUGUCAGAGGAAAGUUCAGCUCCAUUACUUGAAGAAACUGUGGUAGAACAAGUUUCAGAGCCUGUUUCAGCUGUGGAUCAAGUUUCACAGCCAGUUGAAGAAUCAGUUCCAAGAGGUUAUUUACCUAAAGAAGAUAUUGAAUGGGAGUUCGGAGGUCCAGCAGGUGCGGUUGGGAUGAUGGUUGGAUUCCCACUUUUAAUGUGGUACAUGUGGAUUAGUGCUCAGUUCAAUGAUGGAUAUCCUGCUUGGCCUGAAGUUGAUCAAACCUGGGGUGAUUUCUUAGCUCAAUUAUGGGAUUACUUUACUAGUUAUGGUUUACCAUCUUUCAAAGUUUGGUUAUUUUUCACUUCAUUCAUUUUAAUCCAAGCUGUUUUCUAUUUGACCUUACCUGGUGUUUGGACAAAGGGCCAACCUUUAACUCACUUAGACAAUAAACAACUACCAUACUUUUGUAAUGCCAUUUGGUCAUUCUACACUUCAAUUGUUCUUUCAUUGGUGUUACACUUCACUGGUUUACUCAGAUUAACUUUGUUGAUUGAUAACUUUGGUCCUAUCAUGACAACUGCUAUCUUCUAUGGAAUUUCAUUAUCAAUUAUCUUGUAUUUAGUUUGUAUUUAUGUUACUGGUGAUUAUCAUAGAAUGACAGGUAAUCCAAUUUAUGAUAUCUUUAUGGGUGCUCCAUUAAAUCCAAGAAUUGGUAAAUACUUAGAUCUUAAAAUGUUCUUUGAAGUCAGAAUUCCAUGGUUCAUUUUAUUCUUUUUAUCAUUAUCCACUUGUUUCAAACAAUAUGAAGAUUAUGGAAAGGUGUCACCUCAAGCUAUUUUUGUCUUAUAUGCACAUUGGUUAUACGCCAAUGCUUGUGCUAAAGGUGAAGAAUUAAUCGUUCCAACUUGGGAUAUGGCUUAUGAAAAGUUUGGAUUUAUGUUAUUAUUCUGGAAUAUUGCCGGUGUUCCAUUCACAUAUUGUCAUUGUACUUUAUACUUAGCAUAUCAUGAUCCAUCAGAAUACCAAUGGUCUACUGGAUACAAUGUCGCUUUGUUUGUCCUUUUAUCAGUUGCUUAUUACUUCUUUGAUACUGGUAAUCGUCAAAAGAAUAGUUUCAGAAGACAAAUGGCUGGUAAUAGUAACUUGAGAAAGACAUUCCCAUAUUUACCAUAUUCUGAUUUAGUUGAUCCAAAAUAUAUCAAAUGUGAAAAUGGAUCAGUAUUAUUAACUGAUGGAUGGUAUGUUUAUGCUAGAAAGAUCCAUUAUACUGCUGAUUGGACUCAAUCUUUAACUUGGGGUUUAAUUUGUGGAUUUGGAUCUCCAUUCCCAUGGUUCUUCCCCGUCUUUUUCUUUAUUGUUCUUACUCACCGUGCAUUUAGAGAUCAAAGAAAAUGUGCUAGAAAAUACGGAAAAGAUUGGGAUAGAUAUUUAGAAGCUUGUCCUUAUAUGUUCAUCCCAUAUGUCUUUUAAGCAGAUAUUAAGAAAAACUAAAACGCACACAUUAAUUGUCAUUUGGCUAGUUAAAGC